AUUCAAACAGCAGGAAUUGUUCAAAUGGAUCUUCAAAACGACACGACGUUACCUCUCUAAUUCAGAACGGCGUGUAUCAAGGUUCUUGUAUCAAAGGUUCAAAGAGGUUUCGCCUGAAAAAGAAGAUGGCUUGCGACGGAGCGGCAGAUAAAAGCCGGCGCUUUUUCGUGGCGGUUCACGUCGGUGCCGGAUAUCACGCGGUGGCUAACGAGAAAGCUCUUAGAUCCGUCAUUAGACGUGCUUGCCUGGCCGCCUCGACUAUUCUUCGCCAGGAUUCUGGUGGUUGCAUAGAUGCUGUUUCAGCUGCUAUUGAAGUCCUCGAGGACGAUCCGAGCACAAAUGCUGGAAGAGGCUCUAAUCUGACAGAAGAUGGACACGUGGAAUGUGAUGCUAGUCUUAUGGAUGGUCAUUCUGGGAUCUUUGGUGCCGUUGGAGCUGUUCCAGGUGUCAGAAAUGCCAUCAAGAUCGCUGCUUUGUUGGUGAAGGAGCAGAUGAGUGGCUCAAGCUUAUUAGGCCGUAUACCUCCUAUGAUGUUGGUUGGUGAAGGAGCUCGACGUUGGGCUCAAUCCAAACAUGUUAUUUUGCCUGAAACUGUCGCAGAAGCUGAUCAGUGGCUGGUUACAGAGAGAGCAAGAAACCAGUGGAGAAAGUUUAAGAGUAUGCUUUCAGCGGUAGAGGCAAAGAAUAACCUUUCUUCUGAAGAACGACAAAGGGAAACUGAGAAGAAUGGAACAUGCGAGGAAAGACCGUCACUGUGUGCAGCAGUAGAUGAGGAUAAGAUUAUGGAUACUGUUGGCGUUAUCUGUGUUGACAGUGCAGGACGCAUUGCUUGUGGAUCAUCAAGUGGUGGUAUUGCAAUGAAGAUUAGUGGGCGUGUAGGUCUGGCAGCAACUUAUGGUUCUGGAUGUUGGGCAGCCUCUAAAGGGCUAUUUGGAGAUCCAUGUAUAGUGGGCUGUUGUGUAUCUGGAGCUGGAGAGUAUCUUAUGAAAGGAUUUGCAGCUAGGGAAUGUUGUACUUCAUUAUCACUUUCACAGGCUGGUCCAGCAUCUGCCGCCAUGAAGGUUUUACGCUCUGUCAUUCAACAAGAGGGCUCAGAGCGUGGAGAUACUGACAAAACUGGUGGAAUUCUAGUAGUUCAGGCGGAUGCUUCUGUAUCUGUCCCUGGAGAUAGGCCGGAGCUAAACGCUGUAGAGAUAGCUGCUGCUUACUCGUCACUGUCGUUUGGCAUAGGAUACUAUGGGAACUCGAUAGCGAAGCCAAAGAUUACGAUUCUCAGGAAGAAGAGAGAGGAGAAUGGAGCAGGAAUAGAUCAUUUUGAAGCCGGGAUUGAUCUCCGUACAAGCUGUUGCUGAUUGAUUUCUGCUCUCUUGAAUCUGAUUCUGUAGGAAAUUUUUAGGAAAGAUUUAAGAAUUUGUAACAUGUGGACAGCACCCUUUCAACAUGUACUAGGCUAAUGCCCGUCUGGUUUUUUUUUUU